GUCUUCUUCUUCCUACAUAACAGUAUUCUCUCUUGAAAUCUGAGUCCUUGAGUUUCACAGCCCAGCCUGCCUAGGCUAUAUGCUAUCGAAAUCAACACAGGAGACAGCUCACUGCAGAAUGAGUCCACACAGUGCUGCCAGAGUGGUGGUGGUUGGUGCUGGUCUAUCAGGCUUAUCUGCAGCUUCCACCCUGGUGAAAGCUGGCUUUCGGCACAUCCAUGUCCUGGAGGCUAUGAGCAGGCCCGGAGGCCGGGUCUACACCACAAGACCCUUUGGCCAGAAUGUAAUUGAGCUGGGGGCCAACUGGAUCCACGGUCAGGAGGCCAACCCUCUUUUCCUGCUAGCCCAGGAGCAGGGCCUGCUGCUGGAGGAGAGAGGCUCAGCCAGCAUCAUGUGCCUGCCAGGCUCAGUCACCCCUAGGGACUACUUCUUCCGUGAAAGCAGGCGACAGCUUCCGGUGGACGAGGUGGAGCAGGUGUGUUCCUUUUUCAGCGGGCUCACCUCCAGGGCCUUCGAAUCAGAGUUGGAGCCUAGGCACAGCAGUCAGAGCCUGGGGGGCUACCUGGAUGAGGAGUUCGCCCAGUCACCCCUGGCGGCCUUGGAGGACGGCCCGAGGGUAUUCGAGUGGUGCAAGAGGAGCGAAUGCACAGAUGAGGCCAGCUCCUCCCUCUAUGAGGUGUCUGCCUCGCAGCUGGGUCACUAUGUGGCCUUGGAGGGGGGCUUCUUCAAUUCUCUGGGCCCCGGAGGCUAUCAGGCCCUAGCAGACACCCUCUUGGUCAACCUUCCGCCUGGAGCCUUGCUGUGUGACAGGCCGGUACACAGCAUCCACUGGGCCCUGCAGGAGGAGAAGAACCACACCCGUCCAGUCAGAGUGCUGUGCCAGGGGGGACAGUGCUUCAUGGCAGACCACGUCAUCGUGACCGUCCCUUUAGGCUUCCUGAAAGAGAAUGCCGUGGCCAUGUUUGAGCCAGCCCUCCCCAAGUCCAAGGCCGACGCCAUUGAGAGACUGGGCUUCGGCACAGUGGACAAGAUUUACCUGCGGUUCGAGGACAGGUUCUGGCCCCACGACUGUGCCGGGAUCCAGCUGGUGUGGGACGCUGGGCCCGAGGAUGAGGAGGUAUACCAGCACUCUCAGUCAGAGGGUGGAGCCUGGAGAGACAUGUGGUAUAAGAAGAUCUGUGGCUUUGACACGGUGGCCCGCCAUCCCACAGUCCUCUGCGGCUGGAUCACAGGCCGGGAGGCCAGACACAUGGAGAGCCUGGACGAGAAGAUAGUGGGAGAGGUGUGUGUAAGAAUGCUCAGGUCCUUCACUGGCUGGUCAGUACCAGAGCCAGCCCAGGUCCUGAUGUCCAAGUGGGGGAGUGAGCGUUUUGUCCGUGGGUCAUAUACGUACCCCCCUCCAGGAGUGGACGCUGUGAGGGAACACACAGCCCUGGCAGCCCCUCUUCCUUUGCCCUGUGAGGCUUGAUACUCACAGGCAAAGCCUCUUCAGGUGCUGUUUGCUGGCGAGGCCACCCACGUGAACUUCUACACCACCACUCAUGGGGCCUACAUGACGGGCAUCAGAGAAGCACAAAGACUCAUUGACCAUUACGCCGAUAGUGAGCCCCGAUUCCUCUAACGAGUGAUACACAAAAUGCGUAAUUUACUAAGAACUCUAGCUUGUCAGCAGGUUACUAAUACUGAUGAAAUUACCAUGAAUUGUUUUCGAUAUCUAGUAAGCAGCUGCUUGAAAUCAUUAGCCACUCUGAAUGUCGCCACUAUGGAUUCAGCUGUGGACUUUGGUCACCAUCAUGCGAUUGUGUUGAAGUUGAAGUGCUUUGUAAUUGUAGUUGUAUGUCACAGUAUCAGUUCUUUCUUUUAGGGAUUGGUUAGCAUACUAAGAUUGCCUGACUCAUAAUGUAAUGACCUUUUUCCUUUUUUCGUGUAACUUGAAACCGUAGCUGUAAUUUUAAAUGACACCUUUUUUGUUGUUGACAAAUACAUUUUUUGUGUGAUGAAUAUA